AUUAUAAAAUUAUCUAGCUUUGGGAUUCUAGAAAAGAAAAAGCGAUCAUGGAAGUGAGAGAAAAUGAAGAUUUCAUUAGUGCUUUAGCCAUAGACGAUAAGCAAAAAACACUUCUUGCAACAUGUGGAGAUGGUACUCUAUCUGUUUUCAAUAUUCGUAGACAUAGAUUUGAUUUGCAGUCUGAAACUAUGGAUAGUGAGAUGUUGGCAUUGGCUGUCUGUAAGCGUGGCCGAAAAAUUGUCUGUGGAAUGGGCGAUGGAGCAUUGAAUCUUUUUAAUUGGUCAGAAUGGGGCAAUUUAAGUGAUCGGUUUCCAGGACAUCCAACUUCUAUUGAUUGUAUGGUCAAAGUAACUGAUGAUAUUGUCUGUACAGGGUCAUUGGAUGGUACUAUUAGAGCUGUUCACAUCCUGCCCAACAGGUUUCUAGGAAUUGUGGGAGAACAUGAAGAUUUCCCGAUUGAAAGUCUUGCUGUCUCACAUGACCAAUCAAUUCUCAUUAGUUCAUCUCAUGACCAGAAAAUAAAAUUUUGGAAUAUUCAGGAAUUAGACCACAUUGAUGUUGAUCCUCAGGAGAAAUGCAAAAAGAAAAAAAGGAAAAAUAAACGACUAAACACCAGUGGAAAGGAAGAGGUGGAUUUUUUUGCAGAUCUUGAAUGAAGGAAUUACAGAAUGAAGAAUGAGAAUGAAGUAACGUCUCCAUUGCAUGUACACUGCAACAUUUGAAGAUGCAUUUAUGCGUUUAUGAUAUACUUUUAUAAUUUCAGAUUUGUAUAGCAUCGUGACAUCAAUACUACAAAAUUAAAGCAGUCUUUGUUCCU